AUGAAUUUUUCGGUGGAAAGUGGAAUUAAUAGUAAUACGACUGACAGUGCAGAUGGUUCUUACUCCUUAGCAUCCAGUUAUCCAUUGCUCGAUUUUUACAUUGGUCUCGGCUUGGCCAUUUCAUCAUCCAUAUUUAUUGGUAGUUCAUUUAUUAUCAAGAAAAAAGCACUUAUCAAGCUUGCGCAAAUUGAUUGCAUCCAUCGUGCCUCCGAAGGCGGUUUCGGUUAUCUACGUGAAUGGUUGUGGUGGUUUGGCGUAUUGACUAUGGGCACUGGUGAGGCGUGUAAUUUUGCAGCAUAUGCUUUUGCACCAGCAAGUUUAGUAACACCACUUGGUGUACUGAGUGUUAUUGUGACAGCAGUACUGUCAUCGAAAUUGCUCAAAGAACGUUUAAAUUUUCUGGGUAAAAUCGGUUGUGCAGUAUGUCUUCUUGGUUCAACAGUAAUUGUUUUACAUUCACCGAAGGAAGAAGAGGUUUCUAAUAUGGCUGAUUUAGCUCUCAAAAUGAGAGAUGCAGGUUUCAUUUUCUAUGUGGUAGCAGUGAUUUUGGUAUCAUUAAUAAUGAUUAUUUAUGUCGCACCACGUUUCGGCCGUUCUAACAUUUUGGUGUAUAUUUUUAUUUGCUCUAUUAUUGGCUCACUUUCUGUGUUAUCUGUCAAAGGACUUGGUUUCAUUUUCUAUGUGGUAGCAGUGAUUUUGGUAUCAUUAAUAAUGAUUAUUUAUGUCGCACCACGUUUCGGCCGUUCUAACAUUUUGGUGUAUAUUUUUAUUUGCUCUAUUAUUGGCUCACUUUCUGUGUUAUCUGUCAAAGGACUUGGUUUAGCCAUUAAAGAAACAAUUGGUGGAAAGCAACAGUUCACGAAUUUUCUUACGUGGUUUUGGUUUGUUGCUGUAAUUCUUUGCAUUUCCGUACAACUGAUAUAUUUGAAUAAAUCCUUGGAUAUGUACAACACAUCGAUGGUAACACCUAUAUACUACGUGUUCUUCACAACAUUUGUAAUACUGGCUUCAUCGAUUUUAUACAAGGAAUGGUCUCGCUUGGGUGCAAGCGAUGUUUUAGGCAAUGUUGUCGGCUUCCUAAUCACUAUUAUUGGCAUUUUCCAGAUGCAGUUAUUCCGUGAUGUAAAUAUAACGCUGCGACAUUUGAGAAUGCUUAUCCAUAAAUCUUCGACAAACAUAAAUUCAUUUGAAACAAUGAGCAGUGCUACAUCGUUGGUCGAUGAUUUGCCAAGCGAUACUGCGAACCCUCAACAAAUUUACACUUAG